ACGCUUUAAUUUGCACAAGCACAACAAGAACACAUGUCGGAACACCUUCGAUGGGGCUACCAAGACUUUGCCCUGCUCUCUAAUAAAAACAAACAUCGGACCUCUGCGAACUACGAAAAACCCCGGGGCCCUUGGAGACCUGCCGGAAAUAAUGUAACGGGCUUAAGCCUCAGCGUAUACCUGUGGUGAACUCUUUUCAAAGCCCACGACAAUGUCGUCACAUGUGCCCAAAGGCCUUUCGUGUUUGCACAGUUUGCCUUUUGUUCAUUCAAGGUCAUUCCUGCAAAAAUCUGGGGUUCAUUGCCUUGAAAAUUCACCAAAGAAGUGUGACAACGACCCCCUCCUCCUCACUUGGGGAAAAAAGGUCCGGGCGCAGGAAGAAUUUCGACUAAUUCCCUUCUUCGGUGAUUAUGCCCGUUCAUGUCAAGACACCCAACCAAGCGUAGUUAUUGGUGAGCGAGAUUCCGGUAGUGGUCCCGUGGCCAGCUGCGAGGCUUCGGCGCAGUCACAUUUUGAAACAGUUACCUCGGAGUUUGCACGCAGCGCAUGCACGGCUCAGUGGUGCAUCUUUGUAGCACGGCAUACUGCAUAGUGGCCGUCGUUACGUGGUGUGUGGUGAAUGCUGUUCGCGCUGAUAGUCUGAUAUUGCUGGAGGUGUUUCCAUUUUGACGCUGUCCAAUCAGUGUUGGCUGCCAGGCUAGUCAGGCGCGCGUGGACACAUGUCCUCUUGGCAAUUGAUGUACCGGUACAUGAUGUACGUACGUACACCUAAAUCGGUUACCAAUGGUAUAUCGUAUCGCCUCAUCAACGCUCCACGAGUAAAAAGAUCGAGUCGACAGCAGUGAGCGGUGACGAGUAGCGUGUAUCUCAGUUGAUGACAUGUCCUCUAGCUCCCCAAGCUGUCAGUAAAGCCGAAAGGUCUUCAUCUGCUCUGAUCGAGCGACCACCGGGAGUAACUAGCAAGCAAGCAACUGUUAUAAGCCCCAAGGACUGGGCGUGUCGAGGGGAGCCCAAAAUCGCAGUGGAAGCAGCCCGUUGGUGUCGCAGUUGUCAGUGAAUGUGUGCCGAGCCUGGGAGGUAAUGACCAGUACCCCAGGAGGGGUUUAGAGUACUUUUCAUCCACAACCUCGCCGGGUUCUCGUAAAUCCACCUGCGGUGUUUACACAGUGUUGCCACUGUAGUACCGUACAUCGGCCGUGCGUUUGCCAGGCCUUGCGUACCCGCAGAGGCCUACUGGGAGGCCGCGCUUUGAACAGAAAUUAUUUCUUGGUUCCGCUGUCACUUACUGUUUGAGGCUUGUGAGAAGGGACAUCAUCGGGACAAGAGAAACCUUAAUUUCCCAAUCAAAAACUAUACUAACAUUCGCGCAAGCAACAUGUCGGUCGUGGCGGACCCGCACCAGAACUCGCUGGGCCGAAGCGGCCAGGACCGCGGCGAGAGCGUGCCCCUCAAAGACAAGGACGGCAACUGCAACGCCGUGGAUCACGUCUUAGGGGACGGCAAGGAGCCGGGAACGCGGGAUGCCCUGGAAGAGGUACAGGAGGCGGAGGCCCCCGACCCACCUGGUGGCAAGCGGGAGACGUGGUCCCACAACGUGGACUUCGUGUUCGCCUGCAUUGGCUACGCCAUCGGUCUGGGCAACGUGUGGCGCUUCCCCUAUCUCUGCUACAAGAACGGAGGAGGUGCCUUUUUGCUGCCCUACGCAAUAGCCCUUCUGAUCGCCGGGAUACCGGUCUUCUUCUUCGAGGUGGCCAUUGGCCAGUUUCUCAGCCUUGGUGGGCUGAGCAUAUGGAAGAUAUGCCCACUCUUCAAAGGCGUUGGCUACGCGGGGCUCGUCAUGUCCUUCUGGCUCAAUGUCUGGUACGUGAUGCCUAUGGCGUGGGCCUUGCUGUACCUCGUCAACUCGUUCACCACCAGCUUGCCCUGGGAGGACUGCGACAACACGUGGAACUCAGACAACUGCGUGGCCAACUACUCCGUGUCCGACAACGUCUCCACCACUCCGACCGAUGAGUUCUGGAACCUGUACGUGCUGGAAAAGACCGAAAAGAUCGAGGAAUCAGGAAGCAUUCGCUGGCAACUGGCGUUGACACUGCUGGUGGUAUGGAUCACUUGCUACUUCUGUAUCUGGAAGGGUGUCAAGUGGACGGGCAAGGUUGUGUACUUCACCUCGAUGUACCCUUACGUCAUGCUCAUUGUCUUGUUCUUCAGGGGCGUAACGUUAGAGGGUGCCGUGGACGGAAUAAUCUACUACCUUAAACCCAACUUCGCACGGCUGGGAGAUUCGGAGGUUUGGUUGGAUGCCGUGACUCAGAUAUUCUUCUCCUACGGCACGGGGCUUGGGAGCCUGAUAGCUCUCGGCAGCUACAAUACGUUCAAAAACAACGUCUACAAGGAUGCCCUGAUCGUGUCGUGCAUCAACAGUGGAACCAGCUUCUUCGCGGGUUUUGUCAUCUUUUCCACGCUGGGUCACAUGGCACACGUGCAGCACGUCGACGUGGCUAAUGUCACGGCGUCGGGUCCGGGCCUUGCUUUCCGAACCUACCCAGCAGCCCUUGCGCAGCUGCCCAUUUCCCCUCUGUGGUCCUGCUUUUUCUUCUCGAUGAUUUUCAUGGUCGGUCUGGACAGCCAGUUUUGUACCAUGGAAGGGUUCUUCACGGCAGCCAUGGACGAGUGGCCGAAGUAUCUCCGCCGGUACAAAGAGAUCUUCAUCGGUAUCACCUGUGUCAUCUCCUAUUUCAUCGGUCUCAGCAUGGUGACACAAGGAGGCAUCUUCGUCUUUGAAAUCUUCAACAACUAUGCCGCCAGCGGGAUAAGUCUGUUAUUUCUCAUGUUCUUUCAAACCACAGCAGUCAGCUGGUUCUAUGGCGUGGAUCGUUUCUAUCGUAACAUCGAGCAAAUGAUCGGCUACAAGCCGUUCAUCUGGUGGAAGAUCUGCUGGGUUGGUCUGGUUCCCUUGCUUUGUUUCGGCGUCUUCAUAUUCAACCUCAUUCAGUUCAAACCACUCACGCUAGACAACUACGAAUACCCACCAUGGGCCAUUGCUUUCGGUAUUCUACUAGCUCUCAGCUCCAUGCUAUGCAUACCUGGCUAUAUGUUAUAUCUGCUGGUCGUCACACCAGGCUCUAUCAGAGAGCGUUUCACGAAGUGCAUCACGCCGAACUGGUCAGAGGAGGACUACCGAAAGGGGAUUCCCCUCCCCCGGGAUGCCAACCAAAAGAUUCAGGGGCCCUAUCAGGACUACUUGCCUCCUUCGUACGCUACGGCAGUGGCCGAGGGAGGCCCAACACCCGUCUAGAGAACGCAGUGAACAGCACGAAUUGGCGGAGCAGCCAAAGCGGUUUGCUGAGGUCAUUCACUUGGAUGGAAUCCUCUGAAACGUUCCUUUCUUAACCCCCUCCACAAAGAGAAAGGUGUAAGUAUGCUUCACUGGGAGAAAAGUGCAUCAGCCUGGUAGUGGGAUCAUUAUGCGAGCUGUGUCCACGAGUUUUAUGCAUAAGCUUGUGGGUUCUACGGAAGUGUGCUGUCAAUCUUUCUUCUUGGAUUUCAGUUUUUAUGAUCUGUUUUUUAAGUGAUGAGGUUGAAAGUUGUGUAUUUAUAUCAAGCUGUGUCCUUUGACGAAAAAAAAGAUGAUUUAAAUAGUAACUUGACAUUUUACAGAGAAUGUUAAAAAAAGACUGAAAAUUAAUUUGAAUUCGGCGUUAACUACACUUUUCGGGGAGAGAGUUCUGCUCGGGCAAAGGAUGCAACUUCUUGGCAGUGCUACUUUCUUCAAGAAAUUUCCCACAAUUUUAGCUCUACUUCAAACGCUUGUAUUAUGGAUGUAUUAUGUACAACCUGGAAGUACUCACGUACCAGGGGGAGGUACUGAUAUCGCUAUGUCUGACCUGACCUUACAAUUUUAGUCUUCUUAAAAUGGCAGCAUCCUGAAACAAUUUCUUACUGUGUUAAAACAUUUUAUCAGUCUUUUCGACAGAUACAAGAUUUCAAUUAUGUGGAGGGUGGGGGUCAGACUCCGCCCCCGGGAGUAAAGUAAGUUAUUGUGGCCGCAUGAGGGCGCUGCCUAUAUCGCACCUCACAUUAAUGCGGGCCAUUUUCAUUUUGGGCGCUCUAUUCUCAGUUGACAAAAGUGUGAACUGAGGGGGGGGUCAUCCCACCCCAUUUUCAAUUCAGGGUAGUUGUUAUCAUUUCGGAAUCGUUCUGGACGCCUGUGUUCGACUAAUCAAAAAAUGCGGCUCGCCACUGUAGCUGCGCAUUUGCGAACACGUUGGGAGUAUUCAACGUGCAUGAAGGUGGUUUGGAGUGAGUGGCACCGGAGGAAAACGUAUACAUUCGAAGUAACAACGCAAUUAAUGUACAUUCUUGCAAUGUAGAUGAAGCUGCGACUGUCUGUAUCAAAAAAGAGGUCGUGUAUGUGGCGGAGCAAACAUUCUCCUGAGUGAAAAUAUCUUUUUCUCCGGAUAAACCCACGGUCCCAUUUCAAUGUGAGGAAGUUUUCUCCGUCCACAAGCAGGAAUUUGGAAACCUCAUUCGUAAUAUCAAAUUUGUGCGCAUGCUGUCCUUGUUUAGCAUCCAAUUAGGGCACAAUAAGUUUCGGGUCUUGUGUCAGAGAGCCGAUCAAACUGUAAUGUACAAAGGGUCACAAUGCAACAAUGCAGAACCAAAGUUAUUUCGAAUUUUCCCGUUUAUAUGUACAUGUUAAUCAACGGCAACGUCUUAAUUAUAUCCUCGUGCAUGUGGUGGUAUGGAGUUACUGAUGUCUAAAUCAGCUGUUAGUUGAAUGAGCUUCAUUUCAAUUUUAUGUGAGUAGUUGUACUCUUUGUAUGAGCUACGUUGAGGUGUGCAUACUUCUGGCGAUUUUGUUUUUUUUUUUGCUUGCUUCCAACUGGAUAAGGUUAAGACUUCGAUUUUGAAGCCCCUAGUUACGGAUCAAUUAAAAGUAAAGCACUUUGUUCUGCACACGGGCUGCGUCAUCCUCUGGUAGCUGGAGCAGUUUCGUCUGUAAGAUAAGUUAAACAAUACCGUGCACGAUAUGGGGGCCGAUGGGUACCCCCCACAUGUCCAAUCCCUAUACACACUUUAACUAGACUAU